AUGAAUCAACCAGAAAUUCCAUUGUAUACACCAGGUAUUAUUUUACCAGUAGGGUCUCACCAAGCUAAAAUAUUGAAGUAUUUGACAAGUGGGGGGUUUGCACAAGUAUAUCAAGUUGAAAUAUCACCGUACGAUAUUCAUAGUGGAUCGAAUAUAGCAUGUUUGAAAAGAGUCAUUGUACCGGAUAAAACAUCCUUGAAUGUACCAAGAGCUGAAGUGGAAGCCAUGAAAUUGUUAAGAAAUAAUAAGUAUGUAGUGUCAUAUAUCGACUCCCAUGCUGCUAAGUCACGCCCGGCACCGGGUGUCCCUAAUGGCUCUUAUGAAGUGUUUUUAUUAAUGGAGUAUUGUUCAGGGAAAGGGUUGAUCGAUUUCAUGAAUACCAGAUUGCAGAAUAGAUUAAAAGAAUUCGAAAUACUAAACAUUAUGAGUCAUGUUUCUCAAGGUGUAGCGGCAAUGCAUGCUCUACAACCACCUCUAUUACAUAGGGAUAUAAAAAUUGAAAACGUUUUGAUUUCAAACAAAAAUGAAUUUAAACUCUGCGACUUUGGUUCAGUAUGUGGUGUAAUUAGGCCUCCGACUAACCAAACAGAAUUGGAUUUUGUUCAACAUGAUAUAUUGAAAAACACUACUGCUCAGUAUAGAUCCCCAGAGAUGUUGUCAUUGUCCAAAAGCAUACCUAUUAAUGAAAAAUCUGAUAUUUGGGCUCUAGGUGUAUUUUUAUACAAAGUAUGUUACUAUACAACGCCAUUUGAAAAAGAAGGUGAAAAUGCUAUCUUACAUUCUAGAUACCAAUACCCAGCAUACCCUCAAUAUAGUGAUAAUUUAAAAAAUUUAAUAAGGGUUAUGUUGAUGGUUGAUCCAUCAAAAAGACCAAAUAUAUGCCAAGUUGUGGAAGAAGUGUCAAGACUUCAAGGAGUUCCUUGUCCGUUGAAAAAUUUUUACCUAGAGAGAGCCAUCAGACAGACUGCAGUUCAAGAUAACCACUUUAAUCAUCAAAUGGAACAAUUCCCUCCUUUGCAUUUACAACAUUCAAUUAGUUCACCUGCACUCUCAACUGUCAAUAAUAAUAUUGGCCUAAGCAAUAUUAAUUUUCUUCAAAAUGUUAAUAAUUCAGCAAUUCAAACCGCAAAUACAACAUCAAGAAUCAAUAAUAAUCCAUAUAGCCUUCAUAAUUCAUCUACAUUACAAAAUACGCCACAAACUAUUGCUGCUGAUCGAAGAUAUCCUGUUUCAACAGCACCGAAACAACAACACAAUAUACCUGCAUACAACAAUCAAAUUAAUGAUAUAACCCUCCAAAAAUCUUUGAGUGCCACAAUGGCGGAUGCACCUGUGUCAACAAUAAAUAUAUCUGAUAACGCUUUUGAUAGAGGAUUGCAUUUAUCGGAGCUUCAAAAAUCUGUAACCGCUUUAAACAAUGAUAUGAAUCAUAUAUAUUCUCAAAAACAAGAGGGAGGAAGAGGAAAAAUAUCAUCUAUUUUAAAUUCAAAUCCAAAUUCCUUAGAUCAGUCACCUACUAGAGCUGAAAAUAAUGCACUUUCAACAAAAUCUUCAAGAGUCGAUCUUUCUGUAUUUAACGAUAAUGAUCAACCUCCUUAUAUUAAAAAUGUACUACCUGUCGAAGAUGACGCGGAUGAUGAUAUCUACACAACAAAACCAUUCAACUCUAAACUGACUGAUAUUUCACUUACGUCAUUACAGAAAGAGAUCACAGAAUUGAAAAUGGAACUCUCGAAGAAUGACUCAAAAAAUGCUGUUGAUAGUAGAAGUUCAUUUAACUCAAACGCAGAACCUUCCUCAGAAUUAACAAAUAAAACCGUUAAGAAAAAUUCAAUUACUGACAGAUAUUUGAAUUCAGUUGGCGACAAUGGCGUAACAUCUGUUAAAAAAACUGCAGAGGGAUACGGGAAGUAUACAAAAGUAUCUGAUAAGGAAGGUUCUUUGACCUCGGUUAAUACUGCAAAGCCAUUAGAGUCAGGGCACAAAUCUGAAAAUACGAAUAAAUAUAUUAAAGGUAAUACAAAACAGAAGGUACCACCUAAAUUGCCUACAAAACCUUCUUAUUUAGGUGGUAAGAGAAUUGAAUCAAAAUAA